AUUAUAUACAUACAUCUCUCCCCUCUUUCAUUUUCCAAUCUCAUACCCCUUCAUCUCUUAAACGAAAAUGGAUACCAGUUCCAAACUGGGUUUACACCCCAAAGAUGAAACAGAUCCCGUCUUCAUCACUCAACAGACAGACUCCAUGUUCAUCCUCAAAUCCCACCUUAAAGGGUAUGAUAGAAGCAACAUAAAGAUCGAGAUAAACGAGGAUGGGAGUAGAAUCACAAUAAGUGGUAAAAAUCCCGUUAGCCAAGAGGAAAUAAUAAAGGGAUUCCAGAAAACCUUCACAAUCCCCGAGGGAGUAGUUUUGGAUAAAGUCAAAGCCAGGUUUGACCAAGAUGAAUCAAGACUCAUCAUUCGAAUGCCAAAAUCAGUACAUGGGAUCGUGGGAAUCGGGAUUCAAGAAUUAGAAAAUCCAAUCCAAGAAAAUGAAAAUCAUGAAAUGAAAAAUGAAGAAACUUUGGGAUCGAAUGAUUUGACACAAGAGGAAGAAGUAAAACCUCGUGAAAAGAGCUCGAUUAUAUGUACUCCAGUCAUAGCUGGGUCAACGUUGUUUGUAUCAAUUAUUGUGGUUGUUUUGAGUUUGUUUCGAUCUAAAACCGGAUCAAGGGAAAAAAAGAAUUAACCCCAAAUUUAGUUUGAUAUUUUUGGUCAAAUAAAAUUCUUCAAGUUAAUAACAAAAGAAAAGAUACAAAUGAUAGGCA